AAGCACUAUCCAAACCUACCAUCAGCAGCUCCAACACGGCCCCAGUGGAAAACAAGGACACUGUCACAUUGACAUGCCAGGCUACGAGUGUAACUGUCACGUACCAGUGGUUCAUAAACCAACGUGCCCCAUCUGGUGACAGGAUACAGCUGUCACAGGAGAACCAGAUACUCACUAUAAAUAGUGUCACAAGGAAUGACAAAGGACCGUAUGUGUGUGAAGUCAGGGACCCAAUUGGUAGCAUUAGGAGUGAUCCAUUGACACUGAAUGUUGCCUAUGGUCCAGAUACCCCCACAAUUCUCACAACAGUCGAUCAUUACAGUGAAGGGGAACGUAUUGAGUUGAUGUGUUCUGCUGAAUCUAGCCCACCUGCCCAAUUCACUUGGAUUCACAAUGGAAAAACACUGGCCAACUCAGAUACGCUCUCUGCUAUUGCAUCCCUGAAUCAC